AUUUUUAUUAACCCUGUAGGCUAAUAAAAUUCCAGCUAUGGCUGUUCCAUGCGGGCGCACGCUACGCUUGUGGCCAGUCGCACUGUGCCCGCAGGUGGAGUCGCUUCUUGGUGCGCACAGAUUAACCGCCCACUGUCCUUGCCGAGGAUAAAAACGAGACGAGAUUCAUUUUUAUCAUCAAACUGCCGAACCCUGCUUUUUUAACGUUUAUAGAGAUGACUAGCUCCAACGAAUCCGCUGUGGACAUUGCGCACGUCUACAGGGGGACGUUUGUGCACUCCACCGAUCACACAGCCGUGGAAAUUCUGGAGGAUAGGCUUCUGGGAGUGGACAUGGAGGGGAAGGUCUGUCAGAAUUAAAUAAAAUAAAAAUAGAAUUAAACUGUGAAAGUCUAUUUUAAUAUCUAUGAACAGCAUACAUUAUGUUAAUUCAUUUAGAAAUUAGCCAGAAUUUGAUUUAGCAUUUUUGUAUGGAUACCAUUGGCCCAUACAAAUAACAUUUUCUUCAAAAGAAGAUAAACCUGUUUCCAAAAUCCGUUAUAAUUGUGCAGCGUGUAACUCUGGUAAAACUACACAUGAGCAGUAGAUAUAUAGGCUACAAAGGACCUGUGACAGCUGUCACGAAAGUUGUGAAAUGUGGUCUGGACUUUGUAAUAAUAGUAGUUUCAUGGAAAUCGUUUUCUUGCGAUUAUUUUGCUUUCUCAUGCAUGUGAUGUUUUUAUUACAUGGAUUUUAUUACAAAGGUUUCCCAAACUGACUCAUAUGCCCCCCAGAUCCUAAUUAUGAGUUUAGGUGGUGUACUCUAUUGGGGAAUUGGAUGCAUGUUGUUUGUAUAGUAUAUAUACAGUGCAUUCGGAAAGUAUUCAGACCCCUUCACUUUUUCCACAUUUUGUAACGUUACAGCCUUAUUCUAAAAUUGAUUAAAUAGCAUUUUUUUCUUCUGAUAAAUCUAUACACAAUACCCCAUAAUGACAAAACAGGUUUUUAGACAUUUUUGCAAAUGUAUAAAAAAAAAAAAAAAAACGGAAAUAUCUCAUAUACAUAAGUAUUCAGACCCUUUACUCAGUACUUUGUUGAUACACCUUUAGCAGCAACUACAGCCUCAAGUCUUCUUGGGUAUGACACUACAAGCUUGGCACACCUGUAUUUGGGGAGUUUCUCCCAUUCUUCUUUGCAGAUCCUCUCAAGCUUUGUCAGGUUGGAUGGGGAGCGUCGCUGCACAGCUAUUUUCAUCUCUCUUCAGAGAUGUUCGAUCGGGUUCAAGUCUGGGCUCUGUCUGGGCCACUCAAGGACAUUCAGAGUCCUGUUGGAAAGUGAACCUUCUGAGGUGCUGAGCGCUCUGGAGCAGGUUUUCAUCAAGGAUUUCUCUGUACUCUCGCUGUACUUUGCUCCGUUCAUCUUUCCCUCGAUCUCAACUAGACUCCCAGUCCCUACCACUGAAAAACAUCCCACAGCAUGAUGCUGCCACCACCAUGCUUUACCGUAGGGAUGGUGCCAUGUUUCCUCCAGACGCGACGUUUGGCAAUCAGGCCAAAGAGUUCAAUCUUGGUUUCAUCAGACCAGAGAAUCUUGUUUCUCAUGGUCUGAGAGUCCUUUAGGUGCCUUUUGGCAAACUCCAAGCGGGCUGUCAUGUGCCUUUUACUGAGGAGUGGCUUCCAUCUGACCACUCUACCAUAAAGGCCUGAUUGGUGGAGUGCUGCAGAGAUGGUUGUCCUCUGGAAGGUUCUCCCAUCUCCACAGAAGAACUCUGGAGAUCUGUCAGUGACCAUCAGGUUCUUGGUCACCUCCCUGACCAAGGCCCUUCUCUCCCAAUUGCUCAGUUUGUCCGGGCUGCCAGCUCUAGGAAGAGUCUUGGUGGUUCCAAACUUCUUCCAUUUAAGAAUGAUGGAGGCCACUGUGGUCUUGGGGACCAUCAAUGCUGCAGACAUUUUUCGGUACCCUUCCCCAGAUCUUUGUCUCGACACAAUCCUGUCUCGGAGCUCUACGGACAAUUCCUUUGGUUUUUGCUCUGUUUUUGCUCUGACCUGCACUGUCAACUGUGGGACCCUAUAUAGACAGGUGUGUGCCUUUCCAAAUCAUGUCCAAUCAAUUUAAUUUACCACAGGUGGACUCCAAUCAAGUUGUAGAAAUAUCUCAAGGAUGAUCAAUGGAAACAGGAUGCACCUGAGCUCAAUUUCGGGUCUCAUGCAAAGGGUCUGAAUACUUAUCUAAAUAAGGUAUUUCAGUUUUUAUUUAAUACAUUUGCAAAAAUGUGUUUAGAUUGAUGAGGAAAUAUUUUCAUUUAAUCCAUUUUAGAAUAAGGCUGUAACGUAACAAAAUGUGGAAAAGGUCAAGGGGUCUGAAUACUUUCCGAAUGCACUGUAUGUUGAGGGUAUAUGUAAUCCGGCUAUGCCUUAAUGUGUUACAAUAGAUCACUUCAUGUAUGGAUCAAUUAUAUUUAAAUGAAUGAACACCUUGUUGAGUCAGGCUCUGAUUGUCUCUCUCAGGCUCUGAUUGUCUUUGGUUGGUUCUCAUGUUGACAGAUUGCCUUCAUUGGGAGUGGGCAGGAAGUCGACAGUCUUUCACAGAAGUGGAGGUUUGAGGCCUUGGCUGUUACACAGCUUGGACAGCAGUGAGUAAAGAGUCCAUCCUAUGAGAGUAACACUGAUUCCAAAUGUAACUCCUACUUCACUUCAUCUGUUUCUGACUGAACACAACCUAGUUAUUAUCCUAAAGUCCAUUUGGUUGUCAUCGUUGUCUGUAGUGAGUUCUUCAUGCCAGGGAUGGUGGACACCCACAUCCACGCGUCUCAGUACAGCUAUGCAGGCACAGCCCUGGACCUGCCCCUGCUACAGUGGCUCAACACGUACACCUUCCCAGUGGAGGCCCGCUACAAAGACAUGGGGUUCGCCCGCAACGUCUACACCCAUGUCGUGGUGAGCGUUCUGGGCCAAACUAACACACCUCAGCCUAUAUAAGUCAUCAGGGUCGUGUUCAUUAGGCACCAAAUGUUAGAAAACGGACUGAAACAGACCUGGAUUUAGCAUAGAGGAUUAUAGACCAUUCGUAUCCUUAUUUCCUAUUUUAAAUGUAUGUUAUACUUUUGAAGCCUUGUGUUGCAGGGGUUAAUAUUGCAGUGAUAAUGGACACUCAGGAGCAGAAACUUUGGAUGCCGUCUUUGCUCCUGUGUGUCUAUUUUCCCGUGUUUUUCGGAAUUCACUGCUGUGCAGGGAUAGGAAUGCCAAUGUUGGGCCAAAGGAGGGCCAAUAACAAGCUGCUAUGGCCUUUUAUUAAAGGUUAAAGAGAGUUUACAUUUGUGAAGCUUUAGCUUAUUUUAAACAACCUGCAGUGAAGCAAAAAAUAUAAAAAAGUUAACUAUUUAGGUUGCUUCCUUGGCUACAUAAGGAAAGCUCACAGAGUGAGACAGUAGCAUAGAAAUUCUGAUGAAAUCUGGAUACAAUGUAACACAUAGCAGGCUAGGGCAGGUGAUAUUGCAGUGAGAGAGUGGUGUGUAUGAACAGGCCCUAUUUGGCCUGAAUACUAAAACAAUCUCUGUCUAUUUCAGAAAAGAACCCUGAGAAAUGGUACCACUACGGCAUGUUACUUUGCCACAAUACAUACCGAUGCUGCUCUCCUGCUGGGCCAAAUCGCAAGUGAGAAAACAGACACAUAAACACACAAAUGUGCAGACACACACUCUACUGCUCACUUGCACAAUGGCUGAACAUUGAACAUAGCCCAGAUGUUUGUGCGGGAUAAUCAGAGUGGUUGUACUUUGACCUGUUCCCAGUGGUCUUCUCACCUGUGGAUAACUCGUGUUUAUUACAUAAGUCUAUAACUUUAUGACAAAGGCAGAGAGAGGAAGGGAAGAACAAGGCAUGCUAUAUGAUAAAAGAGCACAGGAUGUUAUCUGACUGGCUCUAAACAUUAACCUCAGUCACAUAAUGUACAACUGUACCUGGAAUACACACACACAUGCCUCCACUGGUAAGUUGUUAUGCAACAAUGUGUCAAUCACAGUCUCUUUUUUAAAAAAGGGGAUUGGAACUCCACUCCUCUUUCAAAUGUGUUAUGUAUUUAUUUAGACAGGAAAGUAGGGAGACAGACAGCAGGGGAUAGACAGUAUUAAAGGUGGCGGUGUGGGGAUUCUAACCUCGCCGCGGGGUGGUACAAUACAAGUGGUCCGGAGGCUGCUGUGUUGACCGCUAGGCCAGCCUCUCUAUGUAGUUAGGUUAUGUUGACAAUGUUUCAUUUCUUAUGUCACAGUGCGAGCCGUCAUUUGGGGGAGUCUAGUGUGUGAAAGUUUUGUUAACGCUCAGUGCUGCCCCAUCUCAUUGAAUAACUCAAAUCUGUGUGUGAUUUAAAAAAGUUAUCGGUUGAAGGAUAUGCAUAUGGUGUAUUAGAAGCAAUUAUUUGUACCAUGAUUGUCUUCGAAUUUGUAUUUUAUUUACAUGAAGAUUGACCAUGAAGAUGGCCAUUUUCCCAUUCACAAUGCCUGCGGUACCGCAGUCAGCCUUGAACUUCUGUGGCUUCAAUGAGAGGGGUCUGUCGUUCUGUUCCAAACCCUCUUAAACAUUGUGUGUUUGCACUAGAGCUUUUUUUUGCAUUGGAUUCCUCCAUUUCUUCUGCAUCUGCUGAUGCCGACCAUUAGCCUGUGCAAUUGAUGGGGGCUGAUCUAGAGCGGUGUUUGUGAGACCAGGGCAGAUCCCCAAAACUGUUCUUAUCACAAAAACGUCAUUAAAGUCCAAGAAGUUUGAGCUACAAACUAUUAUGACUCCACUAUGAAAAGCUGAGACUGUUUUGCUCUAUGACACUCACGCCGCACAAGAGUCGCUAGAAGGUAAGGGUUCUUCUACAUAGAUCAUACACAAUUAUUGCUAGAAGGUAAGGGUUCUUCUACAUAGAUCAUACACAAUUAUUGCUAGAAGGUAAGGGUUCUUCUACAUAGAUCAUACACAAUUAUUGCUAGAAGGUAAGGGUUCUUCUACAUAGAUCAUACACAAUUAUUGCAUUGUGAUCGUCCCUGAUGUUUUCCUGAGCUUUGCUAUAUCUCUCAGGUGCAUUUCAGAAUUAUCUUGUGAAUAUUAAAGUUUAUUUCACCAAGUUCAAUUUCUGCCCAGGACUUAGUGUCCAUAAUAUUGUAACAAGAUCACAUAGUUACUGUCACAAACUCCAAACUCCACACAGUUGUCACUGACUAGUUGGAUAAUAAUUUACCACCAAGGAAACCAUUUAUGCAAUACAUUUUUUAAAGAGGUUUUUGCUUGGCAUACCUUUUUUUAUUGACAUUUGUCAAUAAAACUCAUGAAUGUAACUGUUUUGUGUUCUACUUGUAGCCCUGGUUGUACUGACAAUAAAAUGAUAAAACAAUUCAAUGUGAGGCUAAAUAAGGGUAGGGCAAGCAGGUAAACUAAAGUAUUGAAUUUCAGGUUUCAGAUUCAGGGAUUGGCUGGGCAUUAAAAUAUGAAUUUGCUGCGUUCCAUCAUUAUAAUGAAAAUUAUUUUUACGAACACCAGCUCAGAACAAGACAUGAACAUAGGGUUUUGUAUGUAGAGGAGUGAGUGGAAUUUGUCACUUUCUCAUCUACUUACUGUAUGCAUGGAAUGUUUGUCCUUUGGUGGUUGCAUUACUCCUCCUAAACAGUCCAGAGUUUGUAGUUUGGGAGGACACCAGAAUUGUUUCACCACAACCGAUAGCACCCGCCUUUUGGUUUAUGAGAUUACUGUUAGCUUUAGUUUAUUAUUUCGUUUAUUCCAGGAUGCUGACGUUGGCUAAUGAGUAACAUCACAAAUGUCACUUCUGGCUCCAGUCUGAUACAGUUUGACAGAGUGCUACUCUAAUCACACCAAAUGCAGCUCCCCUGAUGGGUGAUUUGACCAGUUUGGUGACCUUUGCAAUUGCUUCUUGUCAUUGCAGACGAUUUUGGACAGCGUGCCCUUGUGGGCAAGGUGUGUAUGGACACAAACAACUUUGUCCCACAUUACAAAGAGACGGCAGAAGAGUCCCAAGACGAAACCAAUAGGUAGGUAAUAGAUAGGAGAGGGGGCAAGCCUGUAUACAUAAUAGAGUUAAAUGAUUAGAACAGGAGCUUUGCACAGGAGGGGUUUAUGGGCUCUCACAAUGGCUUUUUGACUCUUUUAUGACUCAAGACCGUAAGGUGACAUGGAAAAUAAUGUCCUCGGAGGAGGAUAGAAGAUAAACUAUUCUAUUUUAUUCUAUUAUAUGUAUAAGCAGGUGGUGGAAGCCUAAAUCAUGUGCACUUCUCUUGAGAGCUCGAAGACAUUUAUGCAUAAAAAAAUGACCAAAUGAGCAAGAACAAUGACUAAGAAAAGCAUCAUAUUGAGCUUGUGCAGCAAGAACCAAUGGGUACAGACAAAUUUAAUUCUAGACUUUACAUGAGUUUAUGGGACCCUCUAGCACAGGGAUUCACAAACUUUUUUGGCCCACCCCAUUUUGAUAUCUGGACCCCAACCAUGUGAAAAAAAUUAUGUAAUUUACAGCCAAUGUUUCUUUCUUUAUUUGGGGCUAUGGCAGUCAAUUGAAAAACAUUCUAACAGUAUUUCUGAUUGUCUUCUCAACUCACCAUCACAUGCUUUUAAUGUGGGGCUAUGACAGUCAAUUGCAAAUUAGUCUUGACAGAAUGUAUCUUAUCUCACCACCACUAAUGAGAGGGGUGUGCUUGAUGCAUGUCGCGUCAGAGCUUCUCAAAGUCAGGGGGCGUGGUCGACAGUGCGCACCUCAUCUCUGCUGUCACAUAAUAAUAAUAUGCCAUUUAGCAGACGCUUUUAUCCAAAGCGACUUACAGUCAUGUGUACAUACAUUUUUACGUAUGGAUGGUCCCGGGGAUCGAACCCACUACCAUGGCGUUACAAACGCCAUGCUCUACCAAUUGAGCUACAGAGGACCACAUCCAACCUGGAUCGAUAUUUGGUUUUAAUGCAGGCGAGAGCACUGAAUCCAGGUUCACACAGACAUGAGCUGGCGAAGGGUACCAUGAGUGUUAUGGUUCUUUCAAUACUGGGAACUCGGAAAAAUACUAGGUCAGUAAGUCGGAGCUCUAGAAAUAGACCAGAGUUCCCGAGUUGGAAUUCCGAGUUGGGAGACCGUUCAAAACGAUUUUUCACAGUUGUAUAUAGUUUUUUUUCAGAGUUCCCAGUUGUCUUGAAUGCACUGAAGUCGGAAGUCGUAGAUUUCCGAGUUCCCAGUUGUUAUGAAUGCGGCAUUAAUGCUCAGAGGGACAAGUCAGGAACCAAAACUCCUCCGUAGUGACCCGUGAAUGCAUUCGGUCACAUUCAUCUGUUUUUCGUCAAUAUAGCCACACUGAACAUCCCUGGUGCCGUUUCAUGCUUGGGAAUCAUGAGACAGAAAAAUAUGUCCUCGUGAAUAGCAUCCCCCAACAUGUAUAGCGAACAAAAGUUAAUGCAUGUGCAUCUCGGCCCUCACAGGUAACGUCCAUUUGGAGAGCGUAAAUUGGGGCGUUUUUGACUCGUUUAGUCAGUUUCCUCUUGAUUGCUAGCAAUAGCGUAAAUUAUUUGUUUAACAGUUUUAUCUGACAAGGGUAUUGAUGUGAGUUUCUGUGUCUCUGCCUCCCCACUCAUUGUUUUCACCAUAUCAAUUGCGGCCGGUAAUAUCAAAGUAUCUGCAAUAGUGUGUGGUUUCAUAGCAUAGCGGGCCUAGCCAUUCACCAUGGGAAUGAUUUCAAAUGCAACAGUCAAGUGCAGCCUUUUCCCAUGAUCUAAGGGCGUUCUCAGAUUUAAUUGUAUCAUUUAGAUUAGAAUAAUUUUCAUUUAGAUUUUUAAGGUUAACCACAUUACAAUGAUUUUGAGAUACAAAGAUGAUAUAAUAUAUAUUUUUCUAUAUAUAUUUUUUUCUUCUCAGGAUUUUGUAAAUUCACCCGCGACCCCAUUCUCAUAUCAGUUUCGACCCCUAGUUUGGGAACUGCUACUCUAACCUCACAAUAUAUCUCACAACAUUUGUCAUAUUUAAAAUAAAAUAAAGAUGUUGGAGAAUAAAAAAAUCUCUCCCGUCUUUCCAAGUAUUGCCCUCAGAAAACAAAAUUAAGCAAAUUCAUCCUCAGCUAAUCUGAAAGGAGAAAUUAGUGAUGAAAUCAUUGGCUCUGAGCCAGUUGCUGCAGUCUGAAAAACAGGAUUCAGACGUUCCUUACACACACAUAUUGCUCAACACACGUCUAGGGGUGUAUUAAUUAGGAACCAAACAGAGGCGAUUGGAAGGAGAGGGACCUACCUGAAAUUCGUUUUCAAUGUGAAACGUUUUUCGUUUAGAGUAAACAGUUUCUGUUGCAAAACAUUUUGAUAUGGUGUGCAACUAAAGAAUACACCUCAGCAGUCUCAACUCCUGAGUCAAUAGUUUUUUUUGGUUGGUUGUGUCUGGUAAUACAGCAUUCUUCUUUUGAAGAAAGAAAAAAAAGUGUUGUUGAUUAUUGUUUUGUGUUGCUCUAGGUUCAUUGGUGAGCUCUUGAAGAAUAAGGUAAGACUCCUUAGCCCCAAUAGCACAGGCUGUUUCUAAGUAUAAUAUAAUCUAAGGGAACAUGUACAAGUCAGUGGCAAUGUAGGGAUUGUAUCCCUCCCCAAAUAAUAAUAUCACAGACACAUUUGUGAUCAGAAUCUGUGAAAGGAGCUUUUUAGGGUUUUGCUCACUGGGUGUCUUUCUGUCUUGUUUGGGGCAGUACCCCCUUGUAAGGCCGGUGGUAACCCCGCGCUUCGCCCCAUCCUGCUCCUCCGCCUUGCUGGGUCACCUGGGAGAGAUCGCCCAGAACAACAACCUGCACAUCCAGGUGAGCCUUGUCAGCCUGUCGCCACAGUAACCAAGUCAAGAGGAUCCCAUGGGAGUGUUGCUUUGAGGAUAAUUUAUUUAUCUGUAUUUAUCUCCCUUCCAUUCUCUCCCUCUCACUAUCUCUCUCUUGCAUUCAUACAAAUUGAUAAUCACCUGAAGAUUCAAACAAUUAAUUGAUCGUCUCUGUGAUCCCCAGAGUCACAUCAGUGAGACGAAGGAGGAGGUGAAGCUGGUGAAGGAGCUGUUCCCAGACUACGACUCCUACACAGACGUCUACCACAAACACAACCUUCUCACUGACAAGGUUAGCCCAACACAAACACACACACACACACACACACACUACAAUGACAUUCUAUGGAUAAUGAAGAUCAUAAUAUUGCUGAUUAUAAUGAUAGUGGUGGUAAUAGUUGUAAGGAUCAUGAUGAUGAUAUUGGUGAUGAUGAUUAUAAUGAUAGCGGUGGUAAUGGUAGUAAUUAUACUGAUGUUGUUGAUGAUGAUGGUGGUGUGAUGGUUCACAGACGGUGAUGGCUCACGGUUGUCACCUAACCGAUGAAGAGCUGAAGCUGUUCAGAGAGAAAGGGGCGUCCGUCGCUCACUGUCCCAAUUCCAACAUCUCGUAAGUGUUUCUCAUUACCCUACAGUUCACGUUCCCUGACUACCCCUGUGUCUACCCAAGGGUCAUUGAUGGAAGAUGUGAAAUGAAAGACCAAAGAAUCAGGAUUUAAAAAUAAGUCAUGAUUCUUAUUUUUAUAUCAUACCCUAUCCAGUUAAGAACACAGCAGUGAUACUAGAUAUCAUAUCAGCACUGAAGAUAGAACCCACCCAUAUUCUCUCAUCUCCCUCUCAUUUCUCUCUCUCCAGGUUGUGCAGUGGUAUGCUAGAUGCCCGCAGGGUUCUGAACCACAAAGUAAAGCUGGGGCUGGGCACAGGUGAGUCCAUGACAACACACUACAAAGCAGAUCAUCUUCCUUUUACCUGAGAGCACAAUGUUCUGUAUUGUUUUUAGCCUAUGUCUAAUGUAAUAUCCCUGAAUGUCCAUAUUUUUAAUUUGUAACUAAAUCAAGGCAAUCGUGAUUGAGUUAUAUAAUAAUCUAUAUAUUUUUAUAAAAUGAAAUUAUAGUCUAAUAAAGUUAUUUGAAAUGGCACAGAUAAUAUUUUUUUCUAACAAUUAUUAUUUUACAUUCAUUAUGAUUUUGGAUGAUCCUAAUAGGUUGUUUUUUCAUUGAGGGCGGCAGUAGGGAACCUAGAACCUAGACGAAAGUUGCCGCUGUCUGGUAUCAAACUGGCUUGACACUGUAACAACAUGAGAUAAGCUGAUCUGCUGGUUUAUUUUAGCACAAAGGUGCAUGUUAUCUCCCGUUAGUAUAGUUUUUAGAAAACCAGCGCUUAUUUGUUGCAAUUGGCUCUGUGUUUAACGCAUUAAUACAUUUAUCUGUGUAUGCACUUGUGCGUGUGUCUGUCUGUGUUUCCGGCCUUGUAGAUGUGGCAGGAGGCUACUCUCCCUCUAUGCUGGAUGCUGUGCGGAGAACGUUGGACACCUCUAAAGCCUUGACCAUCCAGGACCCCCAGUACCAAACGCUCACCUUCGAGGAGGUCUUCAGACUGGCCACACUGGGAGGAAGCCAAGGUGGGAGACCUGGCCGGGGGGGGGGGGGGGGGGGUUAGAGUCAUCAUCACCACUAUUAAAUCAAUACAUCAAUCAGUAUGAAUGAUUUGAUACAUGAUGAUUUAUGAAUUGAUACAGAUGCAUGCGCUCAAAAGUUAAUUUUCAAAAUGCCUGUGCUGCAGCAUCGAUACAUUGCUCAUAGGACAAACUCUCUCAUAGAGUGAUGCCAAGCGAACAAGUUUAAUUUGCAAUCACCUAAACUGCAAUGAAAUAUAUUCCACUGACGGUACAGGUAUAGCUACUUUGCAGCACAUGUUUUUGACCUGCACUACAGUCAAAAACCUUUUAAUGAACCCAACAGUACAUCGAUGUAUUUGUUUAUUGAUGCCUUGAUUGAUGAAUAAUUUAUUGAUAUUCUGAGAUCUGGAUUGAUUGUUUGGUUUGUAGCCCUGUCCCUGGAUGCGCAUACAGGAAACUUUAAGGUGGGGAAAGACUUUGAUGCUCUGCGGGUAAACACGGCCAUAGAAGGAGGACCCAUUGACCUCAUCAACCACGGAGAGGGGCCUAAGGUAGGAACCAAUCUCCCAAUACAUAGAGCAGGGAUCAUCAACUAGAUUCAGCUGCUGCCAAUUCUUUCUUGAGCAGAUGGUCAGGGGGUCGGAACAUAAUUACAAAUAAUUUGUAGAUAGCAAAUUGAUCGCAAGAAGCCCAAACAGAUAAAAUAUUUGACUAAAACAUAAUAAUUUCAAACAUUGCUUUCAUUUGUAUAUGAUCACAUACCUGUAUAUCUCUCUAUUAUGCGUGGGAAUACAUUGAAACAGAUUUCCAAAAUUAAAAUAACUUUGAGCUGAUUUGUCGGUGUUUUUACCCCCCCGAAAAGAAUGCUCAGAAAACUUGUGGGCCAAAUCAAAUGGGGAACCAUGACUACGUUGGCCUCCAAUGGUGUUGAAAUAUCACUGCUGUUACCUGUUGAGUCAUUCUGUCUAAACCAAAUCAUGAGGCUCACCACUCCAAGUCUAUGUCCAGUCUUGAUUUAUCAACUAUGUGACGUGAAUCAGACUUGAAACCAAAUUAUAGGAAUCUAGUCCACAACUCAGGAUGUGACUGAAUCACUCCCAUGACAUGACAUUAAUCUUGGCUCCAUUUGAUUUCAGGUGCUCCUGGAGAAGUUCUUGAAUUUGGGUAAGUGUUUCGUUUCUGUUUCUGUCUCUCUCACACAAUAUGUUAAAUGUAUUCAGUCUUGGCUGGGGCCUUUACAUGCCAUGAAAGUAUUGUGGCGAAUUCAAGGAUAGCCACGGUCCUUGCAGCUGUCAGCCAAGAGGUCCGAAAUUCUUGAUGAGGUCACUAGGUGUUGUAAAAUCGCUAAAGUAUGUUCAGGUUAUUUUUUCCUUCUUUGUUCCCCCUUUCCCUUCCUCCUUCAGGGGAUGAUCGGAACAUUGCGGAGGUGUACGUGGCAGGGAAGAGAGUGGUCCCAUUCGUAGAGAGACCAUAGAGUUGGGAUUGGUUGCUGGCUUGUUGUCAUCUUGUUACCAUCUGUCUGAACCCUCUACCAGUCUACUUGACUGCUGUUGUAACAGGACAGGAGGCGAUGAGGAAAAUGUAUUCAACAAGAAGAAUUAUUACUGUAUAUAGAGUAUGUGUGUUCAAUCAUCCCAAAGUCGAUCCUAGGGACCCCAAGGGGUGAACGUUUUGGUUUUUGCUCUAACAC